UUGUGUUGGAAUAACAGUUGUGUCUGUGACUAUCUGUGUUGAGCGUUCGAGUCGUAGAUGUCUCUGUGUAGUGCUGGGUGUACGGUUGGAGUGGUUGUGUUGUGAUCGGUUGCGAGAACACGAAAAUCAUAAAUCCGCGACUUUCUGAUUGUAAAAAGAUUAUUUUCGUAUGAAUAUAUGGGUGCACUUGAUUAUUUUUAAUUCUGAAAGACGAAAAAAAUAUUGUUAUUUGUGUAAAUAUAAAAAGUUUAAAAUUUCUUUUCGGGUUCACUUUCGAUUGAUAUAAUUCUCUAGAGGCUUGUAAGAUGUCGGUGUGCGCCAAGGUUAAGUUUAGUAAUAUUCCGGUGGGGUCCCUAGAACGAAUACAGCGCUGUCAUAGGAGUGCGGCAAAUUCAAUUGAUUUUGAUGUUUUUCAAAAUAUCAAAAUGCCUAGCAGAAUUACUAGGAGUAGUAGUCUUAAGUUACGAUUGGAGCGUAUGGAUAGGAGAGUGAGCUUGCAAAAGUUGCGAUCUGAUAAUGCAGAUAGUCUUGAUCACAGUGGGCCGUGUUCACCGCCAUCUCUUAAUACAUCUAUUAAUAGUCUUCCUUCGACAAGUGAGCAUCACAAAAACCCACCAAUAGAAACUCACAGUCAACAGUACAGUGAAAGUUUUAAGAUAAGGUUGAACACAAGUGGAGGUAUUACUACUGUGAAGCAAGAACCACUUGACAAAUAUGAAUGCAAACCAGAACCAAUAGAAGAUUCAUGGGAAAAUAAGAAAAAACGUAAGUCUGAUUCUCAUACAAACAAUGGUACCAAGCGUAAAAGAGGAGUGUCUAGUUCUUCAACUGUAAGCAAUGAUACUUCCUCAACACUACCAGAAACUCUUGGAGGCAAAGGUCCUAGUUUUGAGAGUUUGAGAAAGGUAGAAAAGAAAAGUAAAUCUUUUCUAAAAAAGGAUAGUUUUUUAGUGACCGAGGAACAUUAUUACACAGCCGUUGGUGAACCAAAUUACAUGUUGUGUCUCAGUGAUAGAUCAUCAGAAGAAACUAGUAAUAGUAACUUGGAAGUUCCUAACUGGAGAGUAAAAGUCUACACGAGCUGUUACACUAUGGAAGGAACAGAAAAUUUAGAUGAUGAAAUUUUUAACAAGAGGCAUUUAAAACUUGAAAAUGACGAGAGACGGCGUAAACGAUGGGAUGUUCAAAGGAUAAGAGAGCAAAGACACAUUGAAAAGUUGAAGCAAAGACAAGAGAGGCAAAGUCACCAUCCAACAUGUAUGAAUGUAAAUCAUACUGGGCCUUGUUUGGCUACAGCCGAGGAAGAAAACGUCAUAACAUUAUGGCCAGAACUUGAUCAAAUACAAAGUAUUCAAGUCGAUCCUCAAUUACCUGUAUCUUCAUUUGGCUCUUCGGUUGCUUAUUUUCCAUUAAGUGAUUUUAUUUUGCCUUGGUUUCCAAAUAUGAAGUCUAAAACUAGGCAUCCCAAACGAUUGAACAAUAAAAGAAAAAAGUCGUCAAGAAGAUAAAAAAAGCUUUUAAAUAUGUGCUACAGUGAUUUUUAUCCUGGAGAAAAAACAUUUUUAAUCGCAGUAUGUAGUUAGUGCAACUUUGACUAUUUUUUUGUGUAUCUUAAGUGCAUUACUUCAGCUGCGUACGGUGGCGCACCAAAGAUGUUUUUUUUUCUUUUAAUACUCAUUCAUUUUUUAAUGUUUUUUCUGAGAAAAUGCACAUACGAGACAGCUGAUUAUUUUAUUUUUCUGUUAUGAAAUAGCCGAUUAGCGGCAGAUUAAUUCAAGAUUAGGCUGAGUUUUUUUUAUUUUGUAUCUGUAAAAAAUUUUGUUAUUUUAUUUGAGUAUUUCAUAUUCCAUUAUACAUAAUUUGUAAGAUUUAUAAAUACUUAUAUAACAUUGAAUGAAUUAUAUAAAAUUGAGUGAUUCAUAAAACGUCUUUUCGUUUAUAAAGUAAAACAGAAAAAUUUGUAUAAAAUGUAGAAAUGUCAAAGUGUAUCAUGUAGUGUCCCGUUGACGGAUCUUUGUAAAUUUUCUCUAUAUAAGAAAAAGUAAGAGCGAGAGUGAAAAUGAGAGAUAAAGCCAUUUAUCAUCAUAAACUUCAAAUUCUAGAAAAAAAUAUAAAAUUGGCCUACAUUAAAUCAGCACGUAAAUUUACGAGUGCACAAUAUCAACAACCUCAAUUUCCAUAGUUUUCAUUUAUAGUCAUAAAUACAUUCUUUAAAUCAUCACAUUUUUGUACAGAUGCGAUUUUACAUCAUUUUUUUUAUUUUUUCUAUAAUCAUGUGCCUAGGAAUGACGUAUUUCAUAAAUAUUGUCUUUAUCAAUUUUCUACAUCACACUUCAUUUACAUUACACUUCAUUUACAUUACACUUCAUUUACGAGAGUCAAUAUUGUGCAAGCCUUUAUUUAUUUUAAACAUUGAAAUGAAAUAAAAACAAAAAAAUAUUCUCUAUAUGAUUAUGCGUACAAUUGAUGUAUGGCUCUACUCUAUAGACAAGGUCUUUAAAAAAUAGAAUUCUAAAGAGAAACAAAUAAAGAAGUAUAGGGCUUUUGCGCUCUGAUCGAGAGUGAAAUACAAGAUAGUAUAUAAUAAUUUCUCAUUCUGUUCGACAGGAUGCUGUGAUGUUACUGUCAGAUUGAGUGUUGUGAACAUAUUAUUUUUUACACGAGUGAUUUAUCGUUUAGCAGUGAUUCGUUUAUUUAUAAGGGAAUAAUCAGUGUAAAAUAUCGUAUAAAGCAUAAAGCAAGAAAAUCGUCAUGAAAAUAAUUAUGUCGUAUAGCCGAUAGUUCAUUUUGUAGAAACACAUGACAUUCUCAUUUCGCCGUUUCUUCUGAUUGUAAGUCCAUAAUAAUGUGUGUAUGUAUACAAAACCUCAAAUAAGUGGUGUAAUUACUAUGUAAUUGACCGUCCGGCGGAGCGACGAAUUGAAAAAUGAAAAGCUUUUUCGAUGAGCAAGGCCUUGUGUACGAUAAUUGUAUAAUUUUCGGUAUAUAGGAAUUAAUCAUGUUUAUAAGAGCGAGAAUUCAUUAUUUAUUAUUUCGUCGCCCCAUCUAUUCGAGAUAGAUCUGGCGAAGUGCCCUUAUCAAGCGAGACAUUGUGUAUUUGAAAAGAAAUCCCCAAUAGAUUCAUGUGUGUCUCCCGUAUAUAAAAGUGUAUGUAAACGCGAGACGUCUUUUCCAUUCUUUUCGGCAAAGACACUUUUUACUUUAGUUUCAGAUCUGCCUUAACAACUAUACUAUGUAUAUAUUGCUAAUUAUAUUACAGAAAAAUAAAUAUGUUAUG